AUGUACAUCAAGACUCCGGUUGAUAGGAAGGACUUCCCCAUCAGGUGCCCGAUCCUAGACUGAAGCGAGCACAUCCCUGAUUCUAACAUCGAAAGGAUUUGUGAGAAAGAUAUCUAUCAAAAAUAUUUAAGAUUCCAGCUUGAUAAUUUUGUAGAGCUGAAUCCUCACAUGUUCCGUUACUGUCCGAGCCCAGACUGCCAAUAUGUAUUCAAAUGGAGCCCAAAGUCUAGUUCUUGUAAGCAUUCAUGUCCUUCUUGUGCAAAGACUUAUUGCUUGAGGUGCAAAGUACCUUGGCAUGAAGGAUGGACUUGUAAAGAGUUCUCCCCUAUCAAAAAGGCAAGUGCUAAUGACCAGAUGUUCUACAAGCUUGCCAAAGAGAGUAGCUUCCAGCAAUGAAGCAGGUGCAAGUUCUGGGUCCAGAAGAAGGCUGGAUGCAACCACAUCACUUGUAAGUGUGGAUAUGAGUUCUGUUAUAUGUGGAGGAAGGCACAGAGAAUGUAG